GCUUUCCCAGUUUCUACUUCCUGGAUCGCUACUGCUAACAGCCUGUUAAAACAAGAUUAUUUCUAGUCCCCGGGAAAUAUUACAAAACAGGUUGUAACUCAAUUUCUGCAAGUACGUACAGCACAUAAGGACAACUACCGUAGAAGACUCAUUUCAAUGUAAAAACCUAAAAUGACCUUAUUGAUUACAAAAUCCAACAUAACUCAUCUUGAACCUGGCGAUUUAUUGGAGUUUAAACGAGGACUCUACUCCCACUGGGCGGUUUAUAAAGGUGACGAGGAAGUUAUUCAUCUAGCUGGGGAAGAUGGAGACGGGCUGGAUGUUAACGUUCAACAUUCGUUUACGAUCGGAGGCAAAAUGUUCAACAAAGCCAACGUCAGGGUCGACAACCUUUGGAAUGUUGUUGCUGGGUCCCAUGCAUAUAGAAAUAAUUCCAAUGACCACAAAAUGAAGCCCCUUGAUAAAAGGGAAAUCGUGGAAAGGGCGAUGUCGAGAAUAGGAAGAGUGGGCUACAACCUCAUUUAUAGAAACUGCGAACACUUCGCCACCUGGUGUCGGUACAACAUUGAGAAAAGUGGACAGGUUGAAAGUUUUGUAACUGGUGCUCUUGUUGGCUUGGCUGCGGUAGCCGCGGCGGGUAUGGCGUACGCAUUUAGUGGAACAAAAACCAGGAAACAACGAGAAGAAGAAGAACAGUAAAAAGAAGACUGUGUUUCCACGCAGAGAAGAAAAACCAGGAAACAAAAAGAAUGAAAAUAAAGCUCGCUGGUGACGUCGUACAGAGAAGUUCGCAUCAACAGCGAACAUACAAAUGAACAAAGUCAAUAUGUGUGUUAAAAACAGAACUAUUGAUAAAGGCAUUGACUGCACGGCAUACAAUCGACAUUGCUGGUUGAAUUUACAAAUUAAUCUUUGUGCAUACAAAAUGUAACAUAUGUAUAAAAAAAACAAAACAAAAACAAACAACAACAAACAAACAAACAAACAAAAACACCGAAAGAUUCGAACAAUGGACCAUCUGAGUAAGAGUCUUCCGUUCUACCAAUUGGCUCGGUUUAAAACCAUGUUGAUGUUAAUAAGUUAUGUAAAUUAGAUAGGUGUCCCGUACAAUACAGUGCCAUGCGGUUGUCGGUUCAGGUAGAUUUUAGAGUAAUUUUAAAAACCAUUGACGCAUGUUAUAACUGUAUGUAGGUUUUGUUAACACAAAAGUAAUACAACUGAUUCUAUAUUAAUUUUUAAAUGUUAAACGCUUCUAGGUGUGUAUUUGUUUAUUAUUUUUGCGUUGGUUUUUUUGUUUUCAAUGGACAAUUCUGAUAUAUUUGCUGUUAUUCUUUGCUGUGAGAUUUAAACUAAAUAAACGUAUUAACUUUUA